GCUAAUACGUAUGUCAUCGAACACAUAAUCAUGCUUCGGGUUGACGAGAAGCUGCUAGUGGCGUAGAGGGUGGGGAUUUAUUCAACCAAUCAGGCGCGAAUUGAUAAUGUCCGAUUUUGUAUAAACUAGCGGCCCUAGCGGGUCGAGUCAAGUCGAGUGUUUACUGUUCGUAUUUACUAUUAUUAGUAUUAUUACUCUGAUGGUGUCACGUAUGUUAUUAGUACAAGUUUGUGGGAAUUACAAAGGUAGUGUUUCAGUGGCCGGUUAACGGCACGAAAUUUUGCGAGGUGUUUGUGUCAUGCAUGUAGCGAGAAUUGAUUGGCGACUAACCUCUGACACAGUGUAGAUCGUCCAUAAAAUGGAUAACAGGUUGGACACGUCAGGGCCGGGAUAUUCGGAGAAUGUUUCUAGCUACUCUAAAAAGUCUAAGAAACGAUCCAGCAAAAGGAGUAGCAUGUUUGGCCCUUGGAUAAACAGUACACAGAAUAACCAGAACAACGAUGUAGUACCUGGUAUGGAAUAUCAGCAUGUAUUGUGGCAUGCAAAUGUGCAACAAAACUUUUCAAACAAUGGGCAAAGACUGUUUGCAACGACAUCUGAUCCGAGUAUGCGUGGUUAUGGUCAGUUACCGAUGACUUAUGCCAUGGAACCUGUGUCUCUGCCGACAAUGUAUAGGUUGUAUCAGCCGGUACCUUUUUCUGGCAUCAGGCCUGUUCACGGCAGACCAAGACGACAAUACAAUCAGUGUCAAGCACUGAACGUGGAUACGAAUUCCAUGGCGAAUGGUUACACGAGUCUGCAAGAGAAUGGGUUAGAAUCUCCUAUACCGGUUAGCUAUGAAAACGGGGACUAUGCUAGUCUGCCACCUACAGCUAACAAAAGCAAUGGAAUCAAUGGAGACGAACUCAAUGCAGAGCAUCGAAGGUAUUCCGAUCCUGGUGUUGGGUCCGCAGAAGGUCCGGUACACGCCCAGAGCGAAGAUUCUGAGAGCAUCGGCAGUGGAAGCUCCAUUACAACGAUCGGACGUAGCAACAAACUUGUUCUGUCUCUCAUCGAGCAGAUGACAGACCUGAAAAAAAGCAAUAGUCAGUUGUUUAAAGAAUUAAACGAAACAAAGUCUGAAUUAGGUAGUAUGAAGGCAAAAUUAGCGCAGUGUACAUAUAGCACUUGUUCGGAUUAUCAACCAGGGAUGUUAUCGGAUCUUAUCCGAGAAAUUAGACAAGCUAAUAAAACAUGCGAAGAAGGAUUGGUCGCAAAUGUAAAAUCUAUGAUGGAAGAGAAAUUAAACCAGAUGUCGUUGGAUAUGGCUAACUUAAACAAACAGGUUACGAAGUUAACAGAGGAGAAAGCGGAAAACGAGAGGCGCGUCGCAAAAUUGCAGGAUGAAGUGGCUAUCCUUAAGCUGAACGCAAACAACGAAGGUCGCGAGAUCGCAGCCUUCGAGGAAGAGACGCUGGCCCUGCGACGAGAGCUCCAAGAGGCGCGGGCGUCGAAGACCCUGGCCGAGAAUCAUGUGGCAAAGUGCGUACACGCAAGAUCAGUCACGCCUGUAUCUUUCGAAACGCCCUACGUAACCAGCACCCCCGUGCGUACCGCUCUAUCCGAUACCUGCAGUCUAAACCCAGCCUCUUCCUCUUCCUCCUCGUCCUCGUCCUCGUCCUCGGUGGGCCUGAAUUUCACCUCGUUUCUUCGUUCCCGAACCGCGGAGCUGCCGCACCAUUUCGUUGCCGAGAAACCGAGUCUCUAUCGAACCGCUGAUUGUAAUAGUCCUGCAUCCGUCGACAGCUGGACCGUGGAUGAUACGCAUGGUCCUGUCUCCAGCACGCGAUCGGUCGCUAUAGUUAUCAACGAUACGGAUCGAGACGACGGGACACGGGAAGAGACCUCUGGCAUAACGUUCGCGGAGAUCCCGCGGACGUUGGAGAACGAGACACCGGACUCUGAACAAGAGGACGAACCUAGAGACUUGGAAGAGAGGCUCGCCGAUCAAAUUUGUCGUCAGCCAAAGGUAGAAGAGGCGAAAGUUGGAGACGACGAGUUGGACUGUACGCGUUGCAACGCGGAAGCCGAUGAGACGAUAACGAACAGAGUACCGGAAAAGGGGGUGAAAGGAUCGAGAAACGAGUCGAACAAGAAGGAAGACGAGACGACGGCGACGGUGGUGCGCGGACAGAAAGGGGGAUCGAAGAAAUCGAGAAAGAAGAAGGGUAACGCGACGAGCGUUAAGCGGUCGUUGGGUGAGAGGGCCAAGUCAGCAUCCGAGGUUGCGAAUGGUACCACGCCGCGCGACGGCAGCACGGCAGGAACGGUGAGCGAGGACGAAGAAGAUCGUCUCGAUGACGAUCUAGCGAGCAGAGCCAUCACCGAAAUCCCGGAAGUGGCGGUAGUCGGUGGUGGGUCCUUCGUGCCGAAAGAUCUCUGCUCGACGGGAAUCCUGACCUCCAGAGUCCUGACAGCACCUUCACGCGCUACCUACACCACCGCCUACAUUUAGGCUACGUACGCGCGGGGCUCCGAGCAAAACGCAAACCACUCGUCGCCGUAUCGCAAGGGGGGCUUCAAGGGCUUGCUAGAGGCUACUACUAUGUACAUGUCGAAUAGCACGUAGGUUUAUCGUUGUUUACUCGUCGAGUACGCUUCGCGCGACCCUGUUGGGCUCGUGGCACGCUUGGUCUCUGACUUGGUUCAUUCGGACGGUUCGCGUCAACAUUUCUUACUCGGUGUUAUAGUUGUGGAAUUGUUAGAUCUGUAAGUCUGUAUUCUCGCUAAAGGAAUCAAAGAAACGAAUACGAAAUGGUAAUAUCCGCUCGCGACUGGAAUGUCGGUGUUAAUCAAGCCUUGGACCAUUGACAAAUUUUCUACUCUAUAGUUGUAAUUAGACGAUAUAUUACGCGUAGACGGAUCAAUUUGAAUUGGUCGCUCAGGUUUAGUAAAUCGGACUGGGGAUAAAUCGUUUGUUCGAGAUACGGAUAGCGUGUGCGGUUGCAUAUUUGC